AUGGCGUCGCCUCUGUCCUGGCUGUACAUUAUUCUCUGGCUAGAAAAUGCCCUAGGGAAACUUGAAGAUGAAGACAACUUCUACUCAAAAAACAUCAGUCGGAUCCUGGACAACUUGCUCGAAGGCUAUGACAACCGGCUGCGGCCAGGAUUUGGAGGUGCUGUCACUGAAGUCAAAACAGACAUUUAUGUGACCAGUUUUGGGCCCGUGUCAGAUGUGGAGAUGGAGUACACGAUGGAUGUUUUCUUCCGCCAGACAUGGACUGAUGAGAGGUUGAAGUUUGGGGGGCCAACAGAGAUUCUGAGUUUGAAUAACUUGAUGGUUAGUAAAAUCUGGACACCUGACACUUUUUUCAGAAAUGGCAAAAAGUCAAUUGCUCACAACAUGACAACACCUAAUAAACUCUUCAGAAUAAUGCAGAAUGGAACCAUUCUGUACACCAUGAGGCUAACCAUCAAUGCUGACUGUCCAAUGAGGCUAGUGAACUUUCCUAUGGAUGGGCAUGCUUGUCCGCUCAAGUUUGGGAGUUAUGCUUACCCCAAAAGUGAAAUCAUAUAUACAUGGAAAAAAGGUCCACUCUACUCAGUAGAAGUUCCAGAAGAAUCUUCAAGCCUCCUUCAGUAUGACUUGGUUGGACAAACAGUAUCUAGUGAAACAAUUAAGUCUAACACAGGUGAAUACGUAAUAAUGACGGUUUAUUUCCACUUGCAAAGGAAGAUGGGCUACUUCAUGAUACAGAUAUAUACGCCUUGCAUUAUGACAGUCAUUCUUUCCCAGGUGUCUUUCUGGAUUAAUAAGGAGUCUGUUCCAGCAAGAACUGUCUUUGGGAUCACUACUGUUUUAACCAUGACCACUCUAAGCAUCAGUGCCCGGCAUUCCUUGCCAAAAGUGUCAUAUGCAACUGCCAUGGAUUGGUUCAUAGCAGUGUGCUUUGCUUUCGUCUUCUCUGCUCUUAUUGAGUUUGCAGCUGUCAACUACUUCACCAACCUUCAGACACAGAAGGCAAAAAAGAAGGCCCAGAUUGCAACCCCAUCCCCAGUGACAAUAUCAAAGGCACCUGAACCCUUGGAAGCGGAGAUUGUUUUGCGUUCUGAUUCCAAGUACCAUCUGAAGAAAAGAAUCACUUCUCUGACCUUGCCAAUAGUUCCAUCCUCUGGGGCCAGCAAAGUCCUCAGCAGAGAGCCUAUCUUACAAUCAACACCUGUUACACCCCCACCACUCUCACCAGCUUUUGGAGGCACCAGUAAAAUAGACCAGUAUUCUCGAAUUCUUUUUCCAGUUGCAUUUGCAGGGUUCAAUCUUGUGUACUGGAUAGUUUAUCUUUCCAAAGACACAAUGGAAGUGAGUAGCAGUGUUGAAUAGCUUGCAACUGGGACAAAUUGCAUUCUCUAAGUUCUCAUUUUCUGUAUGUAUACAUAUAUAUUUAAUAGCAUUAAUACUCACGUAAAUGGUUUCCCGAACAUGAAAUCAAAAUUGAAAAUCUGUAACACAUAGCUUUCAAUAAGCAUGUGUGGGCCCAAAAGCAAUGAUGUUACCCCUCAAAAGUGAAAGUCAAAGGUUGCUAGAAAAUGACUUUUUACCAGAGAAUGAGAUGGAUUCAAGAUGAAUUUUCCAACCUUUGUCCUUCAUUGUUCAAUAUUUUUAAUUGUCACUGUGAAUAACAUUUACCACAAGGCAGAUAAAGUAAGAAAUGCUGACACUUCCAAAGGUUGCCUUAAAAUAUGUUUAUUUUAGCUUCAUUUCUAAGAAAGCAAAAGAUAAGUACAGUCUAAAUAUUUAUCAGUAGGGUAAUACCAGCAUGUUGGAUGCCUUUAUGCUAGGAAAAUAGUUUUCAGUGCCAUUGUAAAGCCUAUAUUGAGUUUAGCCAUUUGCUCUUAACCUCGC